AUGAGUCUAGCCAUAGCAGGGAACAACAACAACAACAACAACUACAACAACGAGACAGAUCGAUUUGCUUUGCUGGAUUUCAAGAAGCAAAUUUAUGAUCCUUAUGGAGCACUAAGUUCUUGGAACGAUGCCAUCCAUUUCUGCAACUGGGUUGGGAUCACAUGUGGCCAUCAUCACCGACAACGGGUUAUCGGUUUGUAUUUACGAGGGAAGGGCUUGGGAGGUAACAUAUCUCCUUCCAUAGGGAAUCUCUCUUUUCUUCAUUCCCUCGACAUUGCAAACAAUAGCUUCCAUGGCAAAAUCCCUCAUGAGAUCGGUAAUCUGAUUCGACUACAGUUCAUUGUUCUUCCUAACAACACCCUCGAAGGAGAACUUCCUACUAGCUUGGCCAACUGCACUCGUCUAAGACAAAUUGAUUUCUCCUAUAACAAACUUGUUGGGAAGAUUCCAGGAGAAAUACCAGCUUCUUUAGGGAACAUUUCCUCCAUCCAAAUUAUCUCUUUGAAUUGGAAUACACUGCACGGGAACAUUCCAAAAUCCUUUGGUCAGCUAACAAACUUAUACAGUCUAGGACUUAGUAUAAACAACUUAUCUGGUAUGGUCCCUUUUUCUCUAUACAAUCUCUCAUCUCUUGAAAUAAUUUCCCUUGCAAUCAACCAACUCCAUGGGAGCUUUCCACGAGACAUAGGCCUCACCCUUCCAAACCUCAAAAGACUAGCAAUUGGAGAGAACCUUUUCUCAGGGAGAAUUCCAAAUUCCUUCUCCAAUAUUUCAAAACUCGAAGUACUUAGUAUCACUGAUAAUAGUUUUGUUGGACCCGUCCCUAACAACUUAGGAAAUCUUCAAAACCUUCAAUGGCUCUUUAUUGGAGAAAAUCAAUUUGGAACGGGGGAAGCUGAUAAUGAUUUAGAUUUUGUAGAUUAUUUGGUCAAUUGUACAAAUCUAAAAAUUUUGGACGCAAACACCAAUGGUUUUAAGGGUCCUCUUCCCAACAUUAAAGCCAAUCUCUCAACACAACUCUCAAUGCUUCUUUUGGGUCAGAAUCAAAUAUUUGGAACCAUUCCUCUUGGGAUUGAGAAUCUCUCCAACUUGACCAUGUUGGCCUUGGAGGAGAACUUUCUUGAAGGUAAUAUUCCGUUUGUCAUAGGGAAGCUUCUGAAGCUACAAAGAUUAUUCUUCGGUGGAAAUAGACUUUCAGGACAGAUACCUUCCGCUAUAGGCAAUCUCACUCUUUUGUAUGAACUCCAUUUAGAAGAAAACAACUUGAAUGGAAGCAUUCCUUCCAGCAUUGGAAAUUGCCACCAGUUACAGUUCCUAACCUUAUUGUCUGCAGAAAUUCCCUCCUCCAUUGGUGAUUGUAAUAGUUUGGAACAUCUUUAUAUGGGAGGGGAGGUACCAACAAAAGGAAUCUUCGGAAAUGCAAGUGCAAUUUUUGUGAAUGGAAAUGAUAAGCUUUGUGGUGGAGUUGCGGAGUUACAUCUGCUUGCAUGCACAGACCAUGGAUCUAUGAAACGAGAAAAGUCCCAUGCUUUUAGAAUAGUUUUGGCGAUAAUCGGUGUGCUUUCAUACAGAGAUCUCUUCCAAGCUACUGGAGGAUUUUCUUCAGCUAAUUUCAUAGGUUCUGGUAGUUUUGACUCUGUAUACAAAGGGAUUAUCGACCAAGAUGAAACUAUUGUUGCAGUCAAGGUACUCAACCUUCAAAAUCCAAGAGUCUACAAAAGCUUUAUCGCUGACUGCGAAGCAUUAAGAAACAUUCGGCAUCGAAAUCUUGUCAAGAUUUUAACUUCUUGUUCAAGUAUUGAUUCAAAAAGAAAAGAUUUCAAAGCCCUUGUUUAUGAGUUCAUGCCCAAUAGGAGUCUAGAUGAUUGGUUGCACUUGCCGGUGGAGGCACAUAAUCAUUCAAGAAAUUUAAACCUUCUUCAAAGAUUAAACAUCGCAAUUGAUGUGGCUUCUGAUUUAAAUUACCUUCAUUAUAAUUGUCAUGCUCCAAUUGGUCAUUGUGACUUGAAGCCAAGCAAUGUUCUACUUGACAUAGACAUGAUUGCACAUGUCAGUGAUUUUGGUUUGGCGAGGCUACUUUUGGAACCUGAUGACAAUUCAUCUGAGACUCAAACUAGCACCAUUGGGAUAAAAGGAUCUAUUGGCUAUGCUACUCCAGAAUAUGGAAUGGGUGGAAGGGCAACUAUACAUGGGGACGUGUUUAGCUAUGGGAUCCUUUUGUUGGAGAUAUUCACAGGAAAAAGGCCAACAGAUCAGAUGUUUACGGAUGACUUAAAUCUCCAUAAUUUUGCAAAAGCAGCUUUACCCGCACAUGUGAUGCAAAUUUUAGAUCCAACAUUCCUAUCCAGGGAAAAACAAACUGAAGAAAUUGAAGAGGUCGUUACCAAUAGGAUGGAAGGUCCUAGUCAUAGGACAGAUCAAUUGCAAGAUUGCAUAACGUCAAUAAUUGAAAUUGCAGUCCAGUGCUCCAUGGAAUCCCCAAGAGAACGUAUGCGCAUGAAUGAUGUCGUGAGGAGAUUACAUUUAAUCAAAGGAAAAUUUUCUUGA